CUGAUUCUUCCAGGUGCUACCAAGGAGAUCGGCUCGGCUCUGACCAGGAUGUGCAUGAGGCACCGCAGCAUCGAGUCCAAACUCAAACUGUUCACCACGGCUCUCUCAGAAAGUCUGAUCACUCCUCUGGAGCUGAAAAUGGAAGAGUGGAAAAAAGUGGCCAGUCAGCUGGACAAAGACCACGCCAAAGGCACGCUAACACACACACACACACACACACACACGCACACGCACACACACAGAAGCGACACCUUUAACUCCUGUCUUUUUUUUACUAAUUCAGAGUACAAGAAGGCCCGAGCAGACAUCAAGAAGAAGUCAUCCGACACCAUCAAACUGCAGAAGAAGGUGAAGAAAGGGAAGGGCGAGGCCCGGGGCCAGCUGGACAGCGCCCUGCAGGACGUGAACGUGCGCUACGCCGUGCUGGAGGAGGCGGAGAAGCGCGCCGUGUGCCGGGCGCUGGUGGAGGAGCGGGCGCGCUACUGCAGCUUCGUGGGCAUGCUGAAGCCCGUGCUGGACCAUGAGAUCAACAUGCUCGGAGAGGUGAUUUUGGACCUGAAAGGUUCUGAUUUCAGCUACAGCUAUCAGACGCCACCGGCCUCUCCCAGCAACACGCUGUCCAGGAAGGGCAGCGUCAGCAGCAGCUACCAGUCCGGAUCGGUCAGACACGUUCCCUCCUUGGACUCGAUCAACCGUGCCGUGGAGGGCGUGCACGUUCAGCGCUCCUCCUCGCCCUACCUGCUGCACGCCGGCGACGAGGGCGGGCGCUCCCUCAGCGAGGGCAACUCCCCCUCCCGCCGCGGUCGCCAUGGUUACCACGGCCACCACCCCGCUCAGAGCCGCCGCGCUAGCCGCCGGGAUCUGACCACCGACGGAGGCGUGGGCACGCAGCUGGCCUCCGGGGGGACGGAGAACGGCCUGCUGCCCCCCCCCCUACAGCACCUACAACCACGGGGAGAGGGCCCGGGCCAUGUCUGCGUCCGGGAAGAUGAUGCUAACUAUCCUCCCCCCCCUCGGCCCCCCCCCCGUCCCCCCCCCCCCCCGUCUUGCUCGGCCCGGGACCAGCUGGCGUUGACUUUGGGCGCGUUGAAUUCGGACGCCCCCCGCAGCAGCCGGGACUCCCUGCACUGCUCCAGCGGGUACAGCACCCAGACCACCACCCCCUCCUGCUCCGAGGACACCAUCCACACGCACGUGGACUACGAGUCCAUCUCUCUCCACGGCGACGGCGACUCCAUCUCCUUCCACCACCUGCAUCUCGGCAGCGGCCAGUCCGACUUCGACAAGUCCUCCACCAUCCCGCGGAACUCCGACCUCAGAUACCAGUACCGGGAGUUCGCCCAGUCCAAGCGGCCCUCCUCCACCGUCAGCCUGCUGGCCGAGGGCGUUUCCGGGCGCCCGCCGCCGUCGCACACGGCCACCAUCCGCCGCAAGCCCUCGUCCAAGCCCGCCUACCGCCGGGGCACCAUCAGCGGGGGGGUCCCCAUCCCCAUCUGCACCCCGCAGGUGCCCCUCACGGCCCUGGCGGGAGCCGGGGGCAGCGAGGAGAACGUCUUCGCGGCGCCCCCCGCUGGCGGAGGCGGUCUGGGCCACAGCAAGCUGUGCGCCUCCACCCAGAGCCUCAGCGCGCUGCCCCCCCCCUCGCCCUACUACCAGAGGCGGCAGGAGGAGGAGGAGACAUGCUGA